AUGUCGACGUCCCAAACAAUUCAGUCGAUCAUUUCCGUUUUGUCUGACUUUUCAAAAAAAAUUAGUGACGAUAUGUAUGAUUUAAAUGGUUCAAAAAACAAAUCAGUUGAAGAGUCUCUUUCUCCCGAGUUCUUUGAGGACUUCAAAAAAGUUCAACUUCCCCCUAACGUCGCUCCAGAGCUUCAACAAAUGGAAGCCGAACUCCGGACUAUUUAUUCACAGUUCAUAACAACCAACCCAAACGACACGUCCACAUACUCGACGGUUCACAAAAAGCUCUCAUUAGUCUCUCAAAAAAUCGUUGGUCUUUUAGACGAUGCUAUUGCUUCGAUCGACGGGGAGAUUGCAAACACACAACCAGUCACAGCAAAGGAUAAAAUAGUGCAGAUGGUUAUCAAAGACUUAAGUGCAUUGUAG